CGGAUCCUUAUUAAAAACCGAUCUUCAUUCCCCGUUAUACCCUUCUUCCUCUACCUAUACAUACAACUCAUCUGUACGUAUAGGUUUCCGUUUAGUUCUUGAAAAAAUGGAGACAGAGAUGGAAGAUGCGGAGAUAUAUACAUUCACCGGCGACGAAAUCGAUCCUGAUUACGAGUUCGACGCGGCGAGAUACUUCGAUUUCUGUACGGGCGAGUCGUUCACUGAGUCGACUCGGGCUGAGAUUUGGUUCGAAUCGCUCCGAGGCUAUCCGCCAUCUCCCUUCGCCAUAAGGUUACAAUUAGGAGAGGAUUAUCUACUGCAAAAUGUCACUACGUCUCCAAAAACUAAAAUGUCAGAAACCAAUGUGGCACCUGAAAUUGACUCUGGUAAUGCUGAAGAGCGACGAAAUUCUGCCAUGGAUACGAGCAACAGCGACCAGGAGUUCAUAAACAUAACACAUUCUACUAGCUUACAGAGUUCCGCACAACCAAACUUGUAUAGAACUGGUGCGAUUCAGAAUUGCGCACACUUGUAUAAAGCUGGUGCAAUACCUGCAGGCUUGACAUUUUAUAAUCAUAUGAAUGAGUCAAAAACCAGAAGGAAUGCCAAUGCAAGACCAUUUGUCUCGAGGGUCUCAACUCUUAUGAAGCCAACAGCCAGCCAACUGGCCAAACAAAGUCGUUCUGGUCACACGGAUAACUUCAGGUCUAUGAGAUCUGAGGACAAGAACAAAAGCUUAAACAAUACUCCUGCACUAGAGAAUCAAGCUGCCAAGAGACAAAAACUUGAGGGAGGUCAUUUGCGGAAGGUUGCUGAUACAUAUCAACAGACUUAUUUAGUUCACAAGGAGCGGAAAAGGGAUGCUAACAUAGAAGCAAAGUCAACACAGGCUAAGCUACAUAUUACUAUUCCCAGAGAGCCUGACCUUAAAACAGCUCAUAGGGCACGAAGGAUGAGGACAAAAGUUGGUGAAGAACGUGAACAGGCCACAUCUACUACUCAUACAUUUAGAGCUCUUCCGUUGAACAGAAAGAUUCUCGAGGCUCCUUCAUUACUACUAGCCAAAAGAAGCACUCCACAAUUACCAGAAUUCCAGGAGUUUCACCUAAAAACAUCGGAAAGGGCAAUGCAACAAGCAGUUCCGUCAUAUUCAGUUCAUUGCAAUAAUUCCAAGGUGUCACACGAACCUGAUUCUGGAUCAUAUUUAGAAUGUAGCACCAAAGAUCCUAGAAGGCAAGUGGAGGGGUGCGCAGUAGUUAACCAAUUCAAAGCUACACCUUUUAACAAGAAGGUCUUUUCAUCUAAAGGAGAUAUUGGAGUUUUCCGGAGUAAGAAAAGGGAAACUACAGUACCAAAGGAAUUUAAUUUCCAUACAGAACGAAGACAGCAACAUGAUCCACCAGUAGACCUUUUUAACAGGCUAACUUUGGAAUCUGAUCUUCGAUCAAAUGUUGAAUCCCAUGUAAAAGUACCUCAGUCUACUUUAACAUUUACAAAGGGAUCAAAAGAGAAUAAAUUUGGAUCUGUACAGCAAGAAAGCAAGGUAACAAAUAUGUUACAAGGGGAAUCACAAGGGAUUAAGACUAGGCAGAUUCCGUUUGAAGGUGCUACUAGAACUGGUAACAUGCGUAGCGUUAGCAGGAUAUCUGGCAUCCGGUAACGAUGAAGAUGAAAGGAAUCUAGAAUGACUGUACACUUGUUUACACCAGUUUUCCGGAAUACCUUUAAGCCGGAGUACUAACUGAAGAUUACAGAAAAUCAACGAGUAGAUAUAUGAUAACUUGUAAGCUGUUCUAUUAUGCAACUGUGAACGAUAUACAGAUAGAAGUGGGCGUCGAUCAAGCCGAUCAAGCCCAGUGUACAUUUCAGAAACAGUGUGAUCCCAUCUUAGAAUUGAUUGACAAGUAGGGAUACAUUUCUGUCCUACACUUCACUCUUCAAUAAAAGUCUGAGGCAAGAGUUGUAAAUUUUUUAGACCCAAGGGUUGCAUCAUAUA